AAAUACGUCAAUUUUCAAGAAAAUUCAACUCAUCAUCGUUUGUUAACAAAAUUGGUUCUGUUUUGCUAAAGUUUAACCGGAAAACUUAAAUCAUGAUGCAAACAGGAAUACGUCCCUAUUAUCCUGACUAUUCCACAGUUCCCGUUGAACGUCAGAUUAAUCCGUACGCUGAUAAUGGAGGGAGCGUAGUAGCAAUUGCAGGAAAAGAUUUCGUGGUUAUUGGUGCCGAUACGCGUCUCAGUUCCGGCUUUUCCAUUUACACUAGAAACCAGAACAAGCUGUUUCCUCUUUCCGAGACAACCGUUUUAGGAUGUUCGGGCUGUUGGUGCGAUACUUUAACGUUGACUCGCAUUUUAAAGUCUCGCAUGCAAAUGUACCAUCAAGAGCACAACAAGAACAUGUCCACAACGGCGGCUGCUCAAAUGCUUUCCACCAUGUUGUACUACAAGCGAUUUUUCCCUUAUUACAUAUCGAACAUUCUCGUUGGAUUGGAUAAUGAGGGAAAAGGUUGCGUGUACAGCUACGAUCCUGUAGGACAUUGCGAAAAAGCCACUUACAGAGCAGGCGGUUCUGCAGGGGCUUUGCUUCAACCCUUAUUGGACAAUCAAAUCGGGCAGAAGAAUCUACAGAAGCCUUCACAAGAAGAUCUUACUCAGGAAAAAGCCCUUUCUACACUGAAAGAUGUUUUCAUAUCCGCCGCAGAAAGGGAUAUUUACACUGGUGAUAGUGUACUUAUUAAAAUCAUAACAAAGGAUGGAACUAAAGAGGAAACUUUUGAUUUGAGGAGAGAUUGAAUUGAUUAAAAAAUUUUCAUAAAUAUUUGAUGUAACUUACCUUUCUAUUAUCCAUUUAAAGUCUUGGGUUUCCUUAAUGUGUUAAUUUAAUAAAGGUUUUUUUAUAGAAUA